CCAAGAGACGCAGUACUAAAACAAACUAAACACCGAAACAACAGUGGGAAGGAAGCUGAAUACACCAAGUCUAAACCCUAGCGCCACCAUUACCAUUUGCCAUCACCUCCUGUAUUACCUCCACCCUUCUCCGCCGCAAAUCCCCUCGCAAUGGCAUCUAUGAUGCAACCCCAGAUCAUACUGCUUAAAGAAGGUACAGACACUUCGCAAGGGAAACCGCAGUUGAUAAGCAACAUCAAUGCGUGUAUGGCGGUGGCUGAUGUCGUUCGUACAACCCUAGGUCCGAGAGGUAUGGAUAAGUUGAUCCACGAUGAUAAAGGUAACACCACUAUUUCUAACGACGGCGCCACCAUCAUGAAGCUUCUUGACAUCGUUCACCCCGCUGCUAAGAUCCUUGUUGAUAUAGCCAAGUCACAAGAUUCUGAGGUUGGUGAUGGAACCACUACAGUAGUUCUUCUUGCUGGUGAGUUCUUGAAGGAGGCAAAACCAUUCAUUGAAGAUGGGGUCCACCCUCAAAAUCUGAUAAGAAGUUAUCGAACAGCUUCCUUUAUGGCAAUUGAGAAGAUCAAAGAGUUAGCUGUAAGCAUAGAGGGAAAAAGUUUAGAUGAAAAAAGAAGCUUAUUAGCUAAAUGUGCUGCUACAACACUCUCUUCCAAACUAAUAGGAGGAGAGAAGGAUUUUUUUGCAAAAAUGGUGGUGGAUGCUGUUAUUGCAAUUGGAAAUGAAGAUAGGUUGAACAUGAUUGGAAUAAAAAAGGUGCAAGGUGGGACAAUGAGGGAUUCAUUUCUUGUGAAUGGUGUUGCAUUUAAGAAGACUUUUUCAUAUGCUGGAUUUGAACAACAACCCAAGAAGUUUUUGAAUCCAAAGAUACUUUUGUUGAACAUUGAACUGGAACUAAAAUCAGAAAAGGAGAAUGCUGAGAUAAGGCUUUCAGAUCCAUUGCAAUAUCAGUCUAUAGUUGAUGCAGAAUGGAAUAUCAUUUAUGACAAGUUGGAUAAAUGUGUCAAGAGUGGUGCCAAGAUUGUUCUUUCACGUCUUGCUAUUGGUGAUCUGGCUACACAGUAUUUUGCAGACAGAGAUAUCUUCUGUGCUGGAAGAGUUGCUGAAGAUGAUCUGCACAGAGUUGCAGCUGCAACUGGAGCUACUGUACAGACAUCUGUUAACAAUGUUAUCGAUGAGGUUCUUGGAUCUUGUGAGAUUUUUGAGGAAAAACAAGUUGGAAGCGAACGAUUCAACAUAUUUAGUGGAUGUCCUUUAGGUCAGACAGCCACUAUUGUUCUUCGAGGUGGAGCUGAUCAGUUUAUUGAGGAAGCAGAACGGAGUUUACAUGAUGCAAUCAUGAUAGUAAGGCGGGCCAUGAAGAAUUCCACGGUGGUUGCUGGCGGUGGUGCAAUCGAUAUGGAGAUAAGCAGGUACCUGUGGCAACAUGCAAGGAAUAUAGCUGGAAAGUCCCAGCUAUUUAUAAAUGCUUAUGCUAAAGCACUUGAGGUUAUCCCACGUCAACUUUGUGAUAAUGCUGGAUUUGAUGCAAUUGAUGUGCUUAACAAGCUCAGGCAGAAACAUGCACUUGCUGCUGGUGAGGGUGCUCUUUAUGGAGUGGAUAUUAACACAGGUGGAAUUUCAGAUUCCUUUGCCAACUUUGUGUGGGAGCCAGCAGUUGUAAAGAUAAAUGCUAUAAAUGCUGCAACUGAGGCAGCAUGCCUUAUACUAAGUGUUGAUGAGACAGUCAAGAACCCAAAGUCGGAGAGUGCACAAAGCGAUGCCGCCGGUAUGGGGAGAGGCCGUGGUGGUGGUGGCAUGCGUGGCGGACGUGGAAGAGGGAUGCGAAGACGUUAAAUGAAAUCAUUUUUAUUAGGGAUACAAACAAGCUUGAGCUAAGGAAGAAGGGUAUGAAAGUAAUUUUGGGUUUUGACCGAAAAGACGUUAAACAUUUUCGAAUUUUGUUUGCUGUUUUUUUUUUUUUUGUUGGUGUAUUAAUUCUGUACGGAUGGAACUUGUGUUUUGUAGCUGCUUGGGGUUGGGUUGAAUAGGAUUAUUUUUAAGUUUUGAGUA